GUAGCGGAGCCUCGUGUUGGUUGGGUCUGCUCCCUGCCUCUACCCGGACUCAGUAACACAACUCCCACAACAAUUUCUGUCGCUUUUUUACGCAUUGUAUGGAGCGUCCAUCAUAUUCUUAACCCAUUUACGGAACCGGAACCGGGAUGGCAGCCGGAUUCGGUCCGGUAUGAGGGUGGGAAUGAAUCGGCUCAAGGAUAAAUGGUUAUAAACAAUUAUUUAUAUUCAAUGCUAGCUUUUGAUUGUGACUGACUCGCCGAGAGAGGGAGAGAGAGGUGGGGUGGGGGGGUAUAUCAUGGCCGCUCAGGUCGCCAGCGCCGCCACUCUUAACACUAGCCCGCCUUCCGAACUUAAAAAGCCGGAUCGAGACCCCAAGGAGGAUUCGGUACCGGGGGAGAAGCAGUCAGACAAAAAGCAGCCGGGCUUGGGCAGCGGAUCGCCGGGCCGGGGGGAUCUGCAGGACGGGGCCGACGGUGGAAAUGCAGGGGGAGGAGGGGAACCUGAGAUGAAGAACGGGAAUGGGAACCCGCCCAGGGCUAACAAUAAUAACCAGAAUGACUCUGUCGGACCGGAGGGAAAUAACCAUCCCGGUUUGGUGCAUCAUCACGGCACCGCGUUUCCUCCUCCUUCGUACGGAUAUAGUCAGCACUACGGUCGGGCCCCUUUUCAUCAACAUGGCGGACAACAAAGCCCUGGCAUGGCAGCUGCUGCGGGUCCGGUCGUUCAGUCGAGCAACAUGAUGGAGCCGUAUCAACCUAAUUCACACGAGCAUGGCUUUUCAAACCACCAGUUUAACAAUUAUAACCAGUUUCCGAACAGAACUCCCUAUCCGGGCCAAGCGUACGGUAUGAACUCCCCUCGCAGUACCCAGGCGCCGACAGCUGGGGGGCAGCCAGCUAACGUUAAGCAGCAGCCACCCGCGGGAGGACCAACACCAACACCAACACCAACAGCAAUGGCUGGAACUUACAGUAAUCAGAGAUAUAACAUUGGGAACCCUCAACCGACAUCGACACCGACACUCAACAAGCUCCUGACCUCCCCCAGCUCUACGCGGGGUUAUCCAAACUACCCGUCUAACGACUACAGCAGCCAGGAGGGAGCUACUAAGGGACCAGCAGACAUGGCCAGCAGCGGGCUGUACGGAGGGAGCAACCCGGCCUGGCAACAAAGAAGCCUUCACCCGUCGCCUAUGAGCCCGGGAAGUGCAGGGCAGCCGCUCGCUAGAAGCCAGCCACCUGGUCCUAUUGACCCAAUGGGGAAAAUGAGAGGUCAACCAUAUGGAGCAGGCAGUCCAUACAGUCAGCAGUCACAGCAAGGGCCUCCCACAGGUCCACAACAGGGGCCAGGUUACCCUGGUCAGGGUUAUGGCCCUCCAGGUCCUCAAAGAUUUCCAGUGGGAAUGCAAGGACGUUCACCUGGAGCCAUGGGUAGUGUGCCGUAUGGUCCUCAGAUGGGAUCUUAUGGACAGCAGGGACCAGGAGGCUAUGGCUCUCAGGGCCAGGCUCCGUAUUACAACCAGCCCGGCCAGGCUCCUCACCCGAGCCAGCAGCAGACUCCUUACUCCCAGACCCCACCAGGACAACCGGGGGGCCAGGCGCCUUACCCAGGGCAAACCCACCCUGCACCGACUUCUGCUUCACACACCCAGGGAGGACAACCUUAUCAGCAGCCCCCACAAUCCCAGGGGCCGCUGCCAGGCCCGUCCCAAGGGCCUACACAGUCUCAGCCACCUUAUUCCCAAUCCUCAGCCCCACAAUCUGGCCAGUCUCUCUACGCCCAGCAGCAGGGUCCUCCCAGUCAGGCCCCGCAGCAGCCAAGUUCCCAGGAACCCCCAGGAUCACAGGGCCAGUCCAACUACCCAGGGUCCACACAGGGGCCUCAGCAGCCCCCCUCGCAGCAGCCGCAGCCGCAGCCACAGCCCCAGACCCAGCCCCAGCCCCAGACCCAGCCCCAGACCCAGACCCAGCCCCAGACCCAGCCCCAGACCCAGACCCAGCCCCAGCCUCAGCCUCCACAGCAGCCACCAGGACACAGCCAACACCCACAGGGCCAGCCUGCAGCGUACUCGCAGAACCCUCAGCAGCAGCAGCAGCAGCAGCAGCAGCAGCAGCAGCAGCAGCAACAACAACAACAACAGCAGCAGCAGCAGCAGCAGCAGCAGCAGCAACAACAACAACAACAACAGCAGCAGCAGCAGCAGCAGCAACAACAACAACAACAACAACAACAGCAGCAGCAGCAGCAGCAGCAACAACAACAACAACAGCAGCAGCAGCAACAACAACAACAACAGCAGCAGCAGCAGCAGCAGCAAGCACAACAGUCACCUUAUCAGCGGUUUCCUCCUCCACCACAGCAGGAGGUAUCGCAGGACUCAUUUCAGUCCAACGCCCCUCCAUCCACUCAGCCUAAAUCUGGCCCAGAGGACAGUCAAGGCCGCCCCUCCAGCCUUCCGGACCUGUCGGGGUCCAUCGAUGACCUGCCUACAGGUGCAGAGAGCGCCCUGAGCCCCGGUGUGAGCACGUCAGGUGUGUCGAGCAGCCAGGGCGAGCAGAGUAACCAGGCUCAGUCGCCCUUCUCUCCUCAUACGUCUCCCCACCUGCCAGGCAUCCGAGGGCCUUCACCUUCACCAGCUGGCUCCCCUGCCGGUGCCAGCACGCCCCGCACAGGACCGCUGUCACCCGCCAACAUGCCAGGGACCCAGAUGCCUCCCAGGCCAUCGAGUGUGCAUUCAGAUGGGAGUCUACAUCCUGCAAUGAGCCAGUCUCCCAUGGCGCAGGACAGAGGGUUUAUGCAGAGAAACCCUCAGAUGCCCCCUUAUGGCUCCCCCCAGUCAGCCUCUGCACUGUCCCCGCGACAGUCCUCAGGGGGACAGAUGCAUCCUGGGAUAGGCCCAUAUCAGCAGAACAACUCCAUGGGUGGUUAUGGACAGCAGGGGGGACAAUAUGGCCCACAAGGUUAUCCACGGCAACCUGGCUAUGGAAACAUGCCCAACGCAAACUACACUGGUCCGGGCAUGGGCCCAAUGAAUGCCAUGGCAGGACAGGGUGGGGGACCGCCGUAUGCCGGCAUGCCCCCCGGAAGGAUGCCUCCUCAUCAAAUGGGGCCACGUCCCUAUGGCCCAAACAUGGGUCCAAACAUGGGUCCAAACAUGGGUCCAAACAUGGCCCCCAACAUGGCCCCCAACAUGGCACCCAACAUGGCACCCAACAUGGCCCCCAACAUGGGUCCCAACAUGGGUCCCAACAUGGGUCCUAACAUGGGUCCUAACAUGGGCAACAUGCCCCCCCAGGUAGGCUCAGGCAUGUGCCCUCCUCCAGGCAUGAACAGAAAGCCCCAGGACCCCUCUGCCAUGCAGCAUCCUGCCACCAACUCCAUGCACAACAGGAUGCCUGGAUACGCCAACAUGUCUCCAGGAAUGAUGGGCUCCGGCCCACCCUAUGGCCCUCCUAUGAACAACAUGCCUGGAAUGAUGAACCCUCAAGGUGGAUCACCUUAUCCCAUGGGGCCGAACAUGGCCAAUAACUCAAGUGGUAUGGCCCCCAGUCCAGAAAUGAACAAUAAGAUGAAUAAUAAAGUAGAUGGGGGUGCAACACCCAAGCCGGAGCCCAAAUCCAAGAAGUCCAACUCUUCGACCACUACCAAUGAGAAGAUAACCCGUCUGUAUGAGUUAGGACCGGAGCCGGAGAGAAAGAUCUGGGUGGACCGAUAUUUGGCUUUUGUGGAAGAAAAAGCCAUGCCGAUGACCAACCUGCCCGCUGUGGGCCGCAAACCCCUUGAUCUCUUCCGACUGUAUAUGUCAGUCAAAGAGAUCGGAAGCAUGGCACAGGUGAGUAAGAAUAAGAAAUGGCGCGAUCUGGCCACAUCCCUGAAUGUGGGUACAUCCAGCAGUGCUGCCAGUUCUUUGAAGAAACAGUACGUCCAGUGUCUGUACGCCUUUGAGUGCAAAAUUGAGCGAGGCGAGGACCCUCCUCCUGAGAUUGUGACAGACAACAAAAAGAACCAAGCUGCUAAGGUCCAGCCACCCUCUCCAGCGUCCCUCUGCUCCACAGCUGGGUCAGGCUCUCUGCAGGGUCCACAGACACCCCAGUCCACCAGCAGCUCCAUGGCUGAGGGGGGGGACCUUAAACCUCCCACCCCAGCCUCCACUCCUCACACCCAGAUGCCCCCAAUGACACCCGGGUCCAGGAGCAGCGUUAACCUGCAGGACCCCUUCUCUGAAGGAAGCGACCCUGCUUUCCCCAGGAAAAACCUGACGCCCAACUCUGCCUAUCAGUCCGGCAUGAACCCGGCGGACGUUCAGGGGCGCAUGGGCUCCUUCGAACCCAACAAGGACCCCUUUGGUAACAUGCGCAAAGUCGGGGAACACUUCCUACCAGCUAACCCAGGCCCUAACAGCGGGGUGGGUGACCAUCAGCAGCAGCAACCGCCACAACCACAGCAGCAGCAACAUCAGCCUCCAUUCAACAGAGGACCGCCUGGGGCCAUAGGCACGAUGCCCAUGGGGCCCAGACAGCAGUAUCCCUAUGGACCAGGCUACGACAGGAGAUCGGAGCCGGGAAUGGGCCCAGAGGGCAACAUGGGAUCCGGGGCUCCUCAGCCAAACCCUAUGAUGCCUGCCAAUGCCGACGCAGGGAUGUAUUCGCCAAAUCGCUUCCCACCACAGCAGCCACGGCAUGAUUCCUAUGGUAAUCAGUAUCCUGGACAGGGAACGCCCCCUGGAGGCUCCUACCAAAAUCAGCCGCCUGGAAUGUACCCACAACAACAGGGUUACAAGCGUCCUGUGGAAGGGGGUUAUCCUCCAUCAAAACGUCAUGAGGCGGAGUACAGUGGGCCCUUCCAUGGCGGACAACAACCUCCGCAACAGCAGCAGCAGCCAGGAGGGGCCCCUGCACCCUCUUCAGGACAGCAAGAGUCGUACAAUCAGUACAGCGGCAGCGGGCCCUACCCCGGCCCUGAUCGGCGUCCACCUGGCCCAGGCAAUCAGUUCCCAUUCCCAUUUGGCCGUGAACGUAUGCCGGGUUCGACGGGGCCCAACGCUCAGCCCAACAUGCCCCCUCAGAUGAUGCAGCCAGGUCCCGAGGGUCCUCAGGGAGGUAUGUGGCAGGGGCCGCGAGACAUGAACUAUCAGAACUACCCCGGUCGGCAGGGCGGCCCACCCCAGGGACCCGGUUACCCUGGCAUGAACCGCUCGGAGGAGAUGAUGUCGUCAGAGCAGCGCAUGAAUCACGAUGGCCAGUGGGGGAGUCAGAUGGGCCCUCGGCAGCCUUCUUAUGGUCCAGCCGGGCCCGGCCAGCCAAUGCCUCGCCCGGUACAGUCCACCUACCAGUCCCUUCAGGGGGUGCAGAACCACAUUCCACAGGUGUCCAGCCCCGCCUCCAUGCCCCGCCCCAUGGAUAGCAGGACAUCACCGAGUAAAUCUCCCUACAUGCACGGAGUCAUGAAGAUGCAGAAGGCCGGCCCUCCAGUGCCUGCGUCUCACAUAGUGCCCCCUCCGGUGCAGUCGCCCCUAAUAAGGCGAGACAUGCCUUUUCCCCCGGGCUCUAUAGAAGCCUCCCAUCCUAUCCUGAAACCACGGCGAAGACUCACCGUAAAAGAUAUUGGAACCCCGGAGGCCUGGAGAGUCAUGAUGUCUCUAAAGUCUGGUUUGUUGGCUGAAAGUACAUGGGCCUUAGACACCAUCAACAUCCUCCUGUAUGAUGACAACAGUAUUUCCACCUUUGAGCUCAAUACGUUACCCGGCCUACUGGAGUUGGUGGUUGAGUAUUUCAGACGCUGCCUCAUCGAAGUCUUUGGCAUUCUGCGGGAGUACGAGGUGGGAGACCCUGGCCAGAGGACACUACUUGAUCCUGAUGCCUUGAAACAAGACUGGGACAAAGAAGGAGAGGAGCUUCAAGCUGAGGAUAUGGAACAAGAGGACGGAGACGAGGACGAAGAUGAAGAGGAAGAACAAGAAACAGAGGCUCCAGUGCGUGUGAAAGAAGAGGAAGAGCAGUGCUCUGAGUCUCAGGCUCAAGGGGAGAAGACAGAAGAUGAGGACAGGAAGAACAAGGGUUCCUCCUCUGACCAGACGGGCUCAUCGCAGUCCUUAGCUGCCCAUGAAAGACCCCAACAGGCCAGCAAGUUUGACAAGUUCCCUCUAAAGGUGAUACGAAAGAAGGACCCAUAUCCAGCUAAUAAUAAUCACGGCAAAAUGCAAGAGUUUGACAGCGGGUUAAUUCAUUGGAGUGCUGGCGGGGGAGACUCAACAGAGCACAUCCAGACUCACUUUGAGCCACGCAAAGACUUCUUGGAACCACGACAACGAAUAUGUGUGCCCUCAAAGUUGCUGAAGCAACGCGUCCCAGAAGUGCACCUGGAAAAUAGUUUGCUAACUGAUGAAGAGGAAAGGAAGAAUCAGGAGGAAGAAGAAAGGUCAAAAGAGACUUCUUCCUCUGAGAAAGCUGCGGAGGCAGAGAAGACCAGCCCCUCUCUGGACAAUGAGGAGGAGAGGAAAAACGAUUCUGAGACAAAAACAGUGGAGAAAGUUGAUCACCAGGAGAAUAAUCGACCCAUUCCUUCCCUUGACAUUCUCUUCACCCCGAGGGCAAAGCAGACUGGCAUCAUCCUGGAAGAUGAGCCUCACAGUAAAGACGAGGGGCCGCUCAUCGCACUGGCUAACUGGCAGGACUCUUUAGCCCGCCGCUGCAUUUGUAUCUCCAACAUUGUCCGGAGCCUGUCCUUUGUGCCAGGCAACGACCACGAGAUGUCCAAACAUCCUGGGCUGCUGCUGCUGCUGGGCCGCCUGAUCCUGCUCCAUCACAGGCACCCUGAGCGCAAACAAGCACCGCUCACCUACGAGAAAGAUGAGGAUUCAGAAGAGGGCAUGGGCCAAAGGGAUGAAUGGUGGUGGGACUGCUUGGAGCUCCUGAGGGAGAACACACUGGUCACUUUGGCAAACAUCUCAGGCCAACUAGACCUCUCAAUCUACCCCGAGAGCAUCUGCCUGCCUCUGUUGGAUGGUCUUCUCCACUGGGCUGUUUGCCCAUCGGCAGAGGCCCAGGACCCCUUCCCCUCCCUGGGCCCCCACAGUGCUUUGUCACCUCAGAGACUGGUGCUGGAAACACUUAGCAAACUAAGCAUCCAAGACAACAAUGUGGACCUCAUCCUGGCCACUCCGCCAUUCAGUCGGUUGGAGAAGCUAUACGGGAACCUGGUGCGGCUAAUCGGAGACAGGAAGGUUGCCGUCUGCAGGGAGAUGGCCGUGGUCCUACUGGCCAACCUAGCCCAGGGUGAUACCGUCGCAGCUCGAGCAAUCGCGGUGCAGAAAGGCAGCGUGGGGAACUUGCUGGGCUUCUUGGAGGACAGUCUGGCCGCCACGCAGCUCCAGCAGAGCCAGAGCUCUCUGCUACACCUACAGGGAAUGCACUUCGAGCCCACAAGUCCAGACAUGAUGCGGCGGGCUGCCCGGGCGCUGCACGCCUUAGCCAAGGUGGAGGAUAACCACUCAGAGUUCACACUACAAGAGUCCCGACUCCUCGACCUUUCAGUGUCUCCCCUUAUGAACUCACUGGUUUCUCAUGUUAUCUGUGAUGUACUCUUUUUGGUGGGCCAGUCAUGACAGCUGUAGGGAGCCUUGGCUCCACAUUUUGGGGGGUUUUAUCCCCAAUCCCCUCUUCCCUGGAAACCUGGCUUGUGUGUGUUAACAGGGCAAGGAAAGUUCAAGUGACUGUCUUUAAUUUAUGAAAUCCUUCAGACUCCAUUCUCUGAGCCCUCCGCAGGCCGUCCUUGCUCGAGGAGGGCUAUCACAGAGCUGUGUGGGAUUACAAAACCGGAGAGAUGCCCACAAAGUGACACUACUUGCAACAGGAAUGCCAACUGGAUGACAUGGAGCAGAGCACAGCGGUUGGGAGACUGUUCUGCACUUGGGGGGAAAAGUACUUUUUAAUAAAGAUGAAUAAAUAAAUAAAUAGCUGAAAAACAAAAACUGUAACCAAAGUUGCUGUCUCGUUUACAGUGAGUUUGGGAGACACAGCGUGCCCUAGCUCUCCCCUCGAGGGCACAAUGAGUCUGUAACUGGUUGACUUUCAGAGGUGAAACAGACUGACAAGUGGCCUACUGGUUAUAGUUGCUGUAGUUGGAUUUUCACCAGUCAGCCCGACAGUAGACUAAGUGCUGUCAAUAGACACCUUCACCGGGGAGGCCUGUGCAGUGUGCAGUAGAUUGUAGGACAUUUUCUGUACCGUACUGCUCUUGAGUGUAAGCAUUCUGUAUCACACGUUUCACAAAGAAGCAGAAGAUGCAGCUCUUCUAGAGUUUUUGAGGUCAUUUUUAGUUUGGUGUUAAACAGAAAAUGGCUUUCUUCCCCAAAGUAUCAAGAACCUACAACACCCUUACCUCCUCUUAUCCCUUGAUUGUAUGAAUACCCUUAUGAAAAGAAAUCACCUCUUAGGACUGGUUUUCAACUUCAAAUACAGCUUUGCUGUGGUGUAUAUAUAAUGUUGUACAUUACACUUCCUUUCUCUGUGUCUGUCUCUGUCUGUGUCACUAUUCUCACACUUGUUAUUGGUGAGGGAUUGAGGCUGACAUGUGAGUGUGGUCUGUGAUCUCCAGUCCCCACCGAUUAGACCCACACCUCCGGUCUCUCCACAGCUCCGUAGUAUGGCAGACACGGCUAAAACUUGUUAUCUCCUGGUACAACAAAAAUAAACUAGAUGAAGUACACAUUUGACAAUUUUUCUUCAGUCAUGGAUUCUGCAUAUUUGUAUUUCAGACUAUGUAGCUAAGACAACAUGUAAAUUCCUCCCUUUCCCUUUUUUGGCUCAAUGAAUAUCAUUUAUUCAGUAUGAAAUCUUAUACUAUAUGUUCCACGUGGUAAGAAUAAAUGUACAUUAAAUCUU